AUGAUCUACGGCCACCUCAACCUCCCCCCCCCCCCCCCUUCCCCCAGCUCUCCCAGCCCCCUCAACCCCGACAAAACUUCGCCCACCAUUUCGUCCUUUCUCUCCUUCCUGUGGCGGUUAACCCCCGCCCUGCCCAAACAGCUCUUCCGCGUCAGCCACGAGCAAUAUGACCCGGAAACGCUCCUCCAUAUCCGAUGGAGUGGAGAGCGAUACCUGAUUGAUUUCGAAGGUCGGAUUUUGGGUCAGGUGCAAUUGAAGGAGUUGCGAGAGAUCUGUCGAGAUCUGACGGGAGUGCCCUUGGGAGGGUUGAGUCUUUCGUAUGCGGGGGCGAUGAUGAAGGAUGAUAAUGCGCCGUUGUCGUGUUUUGGGAUCAAGGCCGGGGCAAAGAUUAUUGUCCAUGGUAUCAAACCUACCCCGGAACAAAUCAAAGAGAUGACAACAAAUGGUGACCCAGAAGAAUAUGCCCUCAUCCUCAGGAUCACCAACUCUCUCCAGAAAUCCCGCGACUUUGUCGAGGAGCACCAAUCCAAAUACGAACAAGAGGUCCAGGACUACAUCGCUUCGAAACCAGCACCCUUCGUCAUGUCAUCCAUGCCCCCCGCCCGCAAGAAACUGCACGAUUAUCAUGGAAUGUUGUCGGAGCUCCUUUUGCAGGCUUUGUUGGCGUUGGAUGGUGUGGCCUGUAAACCGGACUUUGACGUUGCUCGUGUCAAGAGGCGAGAGGCUGUCAAGGAGACUCAGAGGCUGUUGGAUGCUAUGGAUGCUAUUCAUGCCAGAGUCAAGGAGAGCGAUCGUCUUGCCCGUCUUUGA